CAGUCACCCCGCGAAACAGUCACAGUCACCUCUCCUGCAGUCUUCCCUCCUUCCCUCCUGCAGGCACCAUGAAGGUCUUUUGGUUGGUGUUGGAGUCGCUGGUGGUCGUGGCUGCCCUUCUGCUGGGUCCUAGCAGAGCAGACCCUGUACCCUUGGCCCUCGCUAGUCCGGAACCAGUGGCCCUGGCCUACCCGGAUCCCCUCGCCCUGGCUGAACCUGAUCCCCUCGCCCUGGCAGACCCUGAUCCUGCCGCUGAUGCAGACCCAGACGCUGAAGCCGAUGCUGACCCUGCUGCUGACGCUGACCCCUGGGGUCGAAGAUUUGGUCGCCAUUAUGGUCGGCGCCACCACCACCACCGUGGUGGUUACGGCUACGGGGGCUACCGAGGCUACGGAGGCUACGGUGGCUAUGGGGGCUAUGGUGGCUAUGGUGGCUACGGUGGCUAUGGGGGCUAUGGGGGCUACGGGGGCUACGGGGGCUAUUAUCCCUAUGGUGGUCUUGGCUUCGGUGUUUACUUCGGAUAAAUUCAAAGAGCUGAAUACUGUAUACUGCUGACCUGAGUUUACCAUUAUUCCCAGCGGAGUUUACGGUAUCUUUAUACCUGACAACUUGGUUGAACUUAUAUUCUUACCGUUGAGGACCUAAUGUUACUCUUAAAGAGACUUUAUGUGCGUGUAUACAACUGGGAACUUCACGUGGAAAAAAUAUAUUCCUGUUGACCUUAACAGUACAAGCGACGAACUCUACAUGACCUGAAGACUCACAUUUAGAGUCACAUGUAGAGUUCGGAACUACGAGACUUAAGACUCAUCUUAAUCCUUCCUGGACUAAGAUCCUUAGGAUCCUUCCUGUCCUGAAAUCCGAGAAUGCAUUUUGUCCUCCGGACAGUUUCCCUCUAAAUAAAAGAUAGUCCUACUCUAUGUAAGAUGGACAAAAGAUAGUCUUACUCCACGUCAAGACGCUGGUGGCUGAGUAUUGUAUCAACCUUAUGAUCUUUCCUUGUAGAGGGUAAGGAACAUUGUAAGUGAAUAAAUUAUUAUAAUAAAAAUACCGAGGA